CUGAGUUGGUGAGCUGAGCGGGGCCAUUCUGAAUGAUGCCUGCUUCCUAGAAUGGUCCUGGAUCCUGGUAAACUAACUGCCCAUGUCCCUAGCAGUGGAGCCAUGGCUCACAGAAACCCCCCCUCUCAGGGCAAGGUGACCAUCACUGUGGACGAGUACAGCUCCAACCCCACACAGGCCUUUACCCACUACAACAUCAACGAGAGCCGCUUCCAACCACCCCAUGUCCACAUGGUGGAGCCCAUUCCCUAUGACACCCCUAAACCCUCCGGUCAUACACGUUUCGUCUGUGUGUCGGACACACACUCCAGGACCGAUGGGAUCCAGAUGCCAUACGGGGACGUCCUGCUCCAUACUGGAGACUUCACUGAACUGGGCCUACCCUCUGAGGUCAAGAAAUUCAACGAUUGGCUAGGGAGUCUACCGUAUGAAUUCAAGGUGGUGAUCGCAGGGAACCAUGAACUGACGUUUGACAAGGACUUCAUGGCUGAGCUGGUCAAGCAGGAUUACUAUCGCUUUCCCUCCGUCUCCAAGCUGAGACCUGAGGACUUUGACGAUGUUCAGGCCCUCCUCUCAAACUGUACUUACCUGCAGGACUCUGAGGUUACAGUCAAGGGUUUCCGAAUAUUCGGGGCACCGUGGACACCGUGGUUUAAUGGCUGGGGUUUUAACCUUCCCCGCGGUCAGUCACUACUGGACAAGUGGAAUCAGGUUCCAGAGGGUAUAGACGUUCUCAUGACCCACGGACCUCCCCUCGGUUUCCGUGACUGGGUCCCCAAGGAGCUCCAGAGAGUGGGCUGUGUGGAGCUGCUGAACACGGUACAGCAGAGGGUCCGACCCAAGCUCCACGCCUUCGGUGGCAUCCACGAGGGGUACGGCAUUAUGACGGAUGGAUGCACAACUUUUAUCAACUCCUCCACCUGUACAGCCAGUUUCCAGCCCACCAACCCCCCCAUCAUAUUCGACCUGCCCAACCCAUAGAGCAUCGGAAAUAAACCAGCAUUUUUUUAAUCAAAUGAGUUGUACUAAAUGUUCAUCUUCAAGAUAUUUGGCUUUUGUAAAAAUGCUUGUAAAAAUGCAUGAAAAUCUGAUUCUGGUAAUGAAAUUAUGAACUUUGUAAAAUAUGAAAUAUUUUCCAAUUGUUUGCAUUUGCUGCAAUAACUGGUUUUCUGUGCCAUUUGUCAUUCUUUGUUUUCUCUCUGAAGACGUACAGUUGAAGUUG